CUGGGUUUUGAUUGGUUUGUUUUCCACGAGACUGUUAACAUCUGACAUGUAAACGAAUUAAAAACGAGAUGUUUGCUAACACGAUAGCUGAUUAAUGGUAAAUACUGCUUCAGUUAUUGUGUAAUGUGACGCACUGUGAAGUCGACUGAAAGCUGGAUAGGUAAAUAUCCCUGCUUAACUUAGCGACAUUAGCUCUAACUUUGUGCCUCUUAAGGAUUAGUCUGACUUCCUUGAAAAUCACUCCGCCUGGAUACAGCAGUAGCUGACUGACGAUCAGAUUAAUCUCACACCAGCCUCCAGUUUCUGCUGAAUGACAUGGCGAGUAACCUCAUCUCGAAGCUGUUCCGCCCUCAUCUGACACAGCUUGUGUCUCUCCGUUCAGGUUGCUUGUUACGGGGGAAGGGGGAGGUGGCAACAGCGAUGUGCACCAGAUCUUUCUCCAGUGGCUCUCCACCAGAGAAAAUCAGCCGAUACCCAAUUCCUUACCAGAAAGAUCUGCCGUACGAUAUAGUGGAGCUUAUGGAGGAAGUGGAAUCAAAGGGAGGAUUUUUGCCCAAUGUCUUCAAAGUUCUGUCUCACAGGCCGGCAGAGUUCAGAGCCUUCUUUGCAUACUACAACGAACUGAUGAACAAGGACACAGGUAGAUUAACCAAGGCAGAUCGUGAGCUGAUUGUAGUGGCAACCAGUAUCUACAACAGGUGUCUGUACUGUGUGGUAUCCCACGGUGCUCUGCAUCGCAUCUACUCAAAGAACCCCACACUCUGUGAUCAGGUCAUUGUGAACUAUGAAAAUGCUGACCUGGCCCCUCGGGAGCGUGCCAUGCUGGACUUUGCCAUGGCCGUGUGUCGCUGCGACACCAUCACAGAGCAGCACUUUAAAUCUCUGGAGGAAGCGGGCUUUGACCGCGAGGACGCCUGGGACAUAGCCGCCAUUGCUGCUUUCUUUGCCAUGUCUAACAGGCUCGCCCAUCUCACAGACAUGAGGCCAAACCUGGAAUUUUUUAACCUGGGCCGCAUGCCACGGGACAAGAGCAAGGACAAGGCGGGCGAUGGCAACUGAGAAAGGGAGAUGUUACAGAUCGUCUCAGGUCAAAUGCUGUAUGUGAUGUUAAACUGUUCAUGGUGAAGGAAAAUUCUCUUCUAUAUUGUAUCAACAUAUGACUGUUGAUAUUGGAAGUGUGGUUUAAUGAGGUGUGAUAGCCGUUCUACAGGUGUACACGCUAAAGGCAAAUAAAUUGACACUGAAAUUAGUCUGAAGGUCAGGAGUGUAGAAUUGAGAUUUAAGUAGCUUGACUGAGCCUGUUUGUUUGUUUGUUUGUUUGUUUUUGGGGGUUUUUGUCCCAAAAUCAAGUUAUGCAGUGCAGGCAUCUAAAUGGGGCUUGUAGGAAUAGUUAUGUUAAGAUUUAUUCCAAUUCGCUCAUGACUCACUAAGUUGUGAUUAAUAGAGGGUUAAGAAGUAGCCCUUUGUUUUGUUUUGUUUUUCUGCAGUUAACACAUCUCUUACCUUUGAAUCUGACCAGUGUGUAAAGUGAGAAAGCUUAUUUGGCUCAGGCCUUAAUAGCCUCCACUGCCAUGUCAUUGUUUUUUGCAAUGUACACGAAAAGCAUACCAGGAUACACAGAGCCAUACAGUUCUGAAGUUUUGGGUAACUUUGAACCAAUUUCGAGUCCCUUCCUAUGGCAAAAAAAAUGUCAUGAAACUGACUUUUCUGUGUGUUACUGAUCUUGUUUUAAAGUUUAAAUGGAAAAUUGCAUUUCCUCAGUUUCACUGUCUGUGGGAUGAAGUUCUUGAUAUUAUGUGAGCUUGUAUUUUCAAUAAUUUCUGUGUACAAGUGAAAGAUGGGGCUUUACUUGCAGAUGUCUCUCCUUUGUCACAGUCAACAGAAAUUACCUAGUCUUGGAAAAGUGCUUCCUAUCACCACCAGAUGGCGCUGCAUUCAUGAACCUAUUGGAAUUUACACUACAGUCUUCUAUAUGUAACCCCUGACUCAUUAAUAAUUCCAUAUGUGAAAGAUGGGCUGAUAAAACCUACAAAGAAGAGCUUUAGAUAAAGCUUAAAAAAUGUUGCUGAAAAUUAUCUCCAGAUUAUUUUUUUUUUUAAUGCUGCAAUCAUGCAAUCAUUUUCCUGGUGUAACUCUUAUCUGUUGGAGUGUCUCACUUCUGUAUAAUACCCAGCAUUUCCCCUGAAAGUUUAUCACUUUUGAUAGCAGAAAGUAAAGUCAAACAUGACUCCAAGCAUCACCUGAAGAUUUGCGCUUUUUUUUCCCUCUCCUCAUGCACUAAAAACUUCCCUGCUCACUUGAAUAUUUAGGUGAUCUUCACACCAGGGGACAUGAGAUAGUGUGUAAAGCUUACAGGAAAGAAUUACAAAUAUAGUGUCUGUAUCAUAAACACCCUGAAAGUCAACCAGAGCAGAUCCUUAUUGUAGCAUAAUGGGAUUAUUUAUGUGUAUACACAUUUAAAUGUAAUCCCUGUGCCAGAAGAUGAUGUGUCAUUAAACCAUUUGAAACAGAAUCACCUGAUGUUAG